GUAUCUUACGUUAACACAAUGAACAUCAUUUCAUUAAACAAUGCAAUGCUAAUAAUUACAAUUUAACAAUAAUCGCAAAAUUUGUCGUAUUUUUUCAAACCAGAAAUUGUCACAACUCGAGCGAAUGGAGGUUUCUUCGAGUGACGAAAACGGCGGUAUUAAAUGUAAGGUGUGCAAAAGUAAGUUUUCGAAAGAAGUGCAGUUCCUCGAACAUCUGAAGGAAAAUCCGUGGUGCAAAAGGUUGACUUGUGACAUGUGUCGGAAACAAUUUACUCGGAUAUACAGUUUGAAAACACACAAGUUAAUACAUUCAAACGAAAAGAAAUUUAAAUGCGAGGAAUGUGAUUAUUCUACCGGAGUUAAAUCAGAUUUUAGAAAACACCAAAAUAAACACUCAAGAAAAGAAGUUUAUAAAUGUAGCUAUUGUAAUCGUUCAACUAUAUGGAAACAGAGUUUAGACAAACAUAUUUUGCGAAAACAUUGGAAACAAUCGAAUAUCAGCGAAAAACUUCCGCAGAGAUUUUUGGAUUUGAAAAAAUAUCGAUGCGAGUUAUGCCAGAAAUAUUUUCCAUCUCCAUUCGCUUUAAAACAUCACGAGAGAAUUCAUACGGGAAAAAAACCGUUUCAGUGUGAUUAUUGUUUUCGAAGAUUUACACGACAAAAGAACUUAAACAAACACAAGCGAAUAAUUCAUUCGACAGUAGAAAAACAAUUUCCGUCUCAGGUAAAUAAAAAUAUAUCUAAAUAA